AUGUGUAAUGGUGAGUUUUAUGAUAAAGAACCAAGUGAAGCCUUUGAUUUCUUUGAUCAAUUGGCUGAAAACACAAAGCAAUGGGAGACUUCUCUCCCACUUCAUGUUGAGUCUAGAAACACCAUUUCUCAUUCAAGUGGGAAGUUCCAAUUGAAAGAGACUGAUGACCUCAAUGCUAGAUUAGCCUCAUUGGCUAGGAAAGUAGAGUCUCUUGAGAUUAAAAAAGUGCAUGUCAUGAGUGAACAACAAGAGGAAAGUUGUGUUGUUUGUGAGAGUAAAGGGCAUAGGACAAUUGAGUGUCCUACCAUUCCAGCUUUCAAGGAAGUCCUAUAUGGCCAAACUUCUGAUUCAAGUAAUGUUAGAAAGCCAUUUUCAAACCAAGUAGGCAAUCCCUACUCUGAGACCUAUAAUCCUGGAUGGAGGAACCACCUAAAUUUUGGAUGGAGAAAUGAGGGCUCUUCAGUACCUCAAACAUUUCAACCUCCACCCCAACCAUUUCAUGCUCCCACACAUAACACAUACCAACCACCUCAUAAGAGAUCCCUAGAGGAUACUCUUCAACAAUUCAUGCAAACACAAGGAGGAAUCAACAACCAAGCUUACAAAUUUCAAGACCAGACCAAUAGGACCUUAGAUGACAUUCGAAGUCAACUAACCAAGUUGACUCAAUCACUAAGCAUUCAAGAGAAGGGAAAGAUUCCAGCGCAACCAAUGCCAAAUCCUAGAGGUCAGGUACACAUGAGUGAAUCCUCAUCUAGUGAACCUUCAAACCAUGAACAAGUCCAAGCCAUCACUACCCUUAGAAGUGGAAAGAUUGUUGACAAAGCUAUAGGUUUUGAGAUUCCUAGAGGUAUUGUGGAGGAGAAAUCUAAGGAAAGUGAAGAGGAAAUCAAAACACAAGUGACAAAUGAGAGCUUGAGUGACAAAGAAGGGAAACCUAAACAUGAUCUUAUGAACUCGGAAAUCUAUGAAUUGUUCAAACAAGUGAAAGUCAACAUUCCACUCCUUGAUGCAAUUAAACAAGUCCCAUCUUAUGCAAAGUUCCUCAAGGACUUAUGCACAGUUAAAAGGAGAUUGAAUGUGAAAGAAAGAGCCUUUCUAACUGAACAUGCUAGUGCCAUCAUCCAGUUUAAGACCCCUCCCAAAUACAAAGAUCCUGGUUGUCCUACUGUUUCAUGCAUUAUUGGAAGUCAUAAGAUAGACCAAGCUUUGUUGGAUUUAGGAGCAAGUGUGAAUUUGAUACCCUACACUGUUUACGAACAGUUAGGUUUAGGAGAAAUCAAGCCUACUCGAAUCACCCUUCAAUUAGCUGACAGGUCAAUCAAGAUUCCCAGGGGUAUUGUUGAGGAUGUGUUGGUCCAAGUAGAUAAAUUCUACUUUCCUGUUGAUUUUGUAGUGUUGGACACCGCACCUAUUCAAGGUUCUAAUGCUCCCAUCCCAGUCAUCUUAGGUAGACCUUUCCUAGCUACAUCCAAUGCUUUAAUCAACUAUAGGAAUGGGGUGAUGAAAUUGUCUUUUGGGAAUAUGACUGUGGAGAUGAACAUAUUUAAUGUCUCCAAACAAAUUGGUGAACAUGAGGACAUUAGAGAGGUGGAUUUGAUCCAAACAGUUUGUCAAGAACACUUUGAGAGAGAGUGGAUCAAGGAUCCAUUGGAGAGAACUUUAAUUCAUGAUGAAAGAUUUUGUUCUUUGGAAUGUGUUGAUGAGGAAGUAAGAGAACUCGAGACUUAUCUAGAUCCAAUGCCUAUUAUGUCAAUAGGUCAAUGGACCCCAUCGUUUGAGCCUUUGAUUUCACCCCAAGUGAAAGCUGAGGCAUCUCUUGUCCAACCUUAUAAACCAGAAAGGAAGCCUUUACCAAGUGAUCUUAAGUAUGCUUUUCUAGGGGAAGAUGAAUCAUAUCCUAUUGUAUCAUUUACCCCAUUGCAAACUCAAAAUGGGUUAGUCCAACCCAAGUUGUCCCUAAGAAAUCUGGAGUCACGGUAG